AUGCCGCGAUCAACGCAGGAGUGGAUCCGGUUAUCCCUCCGCACCCCGGGCAUCCUCAUCUUCGGAUUGGUCAUGGCGCCCUGUGGAUGGGUUCUGGACCUGACUGCCACAGUGGCCCCAAACUGGAGGACCCUUCACAACAUCCCCAACCGUCCAUCUGAUGAAUUCAUCCAGCAAGGAAUCUGGGACAUCUGCAGGGCAACAUCCACUAACACGAGAGCGGAGUGCAACCUGCUGGACACUACCUAUUUUAACAACGAGAUCAUCCAGCCGGCACAAGGUUUGAUGGUCGCCUCCCUCAUCGUGACUCUGAUCGGGCUGGCUGUGGCAAUCCCGGGGGUCCGCUGCUGGAGAGACCGUCCGAACUGGACCGUGGCUGGUCUGGGUGGACUGUUGAUUUUCCUCUCGGGCGUCAUGACCAUUAUUCCCAUCGCCUGGUACACCCAUAAUCUCACCGACAUCGCAACGGUGACCCCGGUCAUUGAUGUGCGCGUGGGUUACUGCAUCAUCCUGGGUUACAUCGGCGGGAUAUUUGAAGUCCUGGGUGGGUUCGUCAUGUUCAUUGGCAUCUGCCGUUGCUGCGGAGGUAAGAACCGAGGGGAGGUACGCGUCGAUGAGGUCGAAGCCAACCGGUUCAGCCGCCAGAAGCCACCUCCGAGACGGGUUGAGGUGCCGAGCCUGAGCCGGGCCCGGAGCAACGCCAGCAGCGUGCCGUACACCAAAGACUCCUUGGACGAUGAUGUGUCUUUCCCCCGGGCCAAGAGCCCCGCAGCUCGGUCAGUCAACACCUCGUACGGCGGCAGGCCCUAUGAUGCUGACCUAUGA